AUGCAGCGCCCGGGGUUGGGCAAGAUCGGCGCGGUCGAAUGCCGGAGCGGACUACUGGCGAAGUCAUUGGGUCGUAGGGAGAUCGACGCCCACAUGAUGGGCAUCAACCAGGAAAGCAGUCUGAGGCGAGUCGCGGCUGGCCCCGCGCACCCCCGCGAGCUGGCUGCGGGCGGCCCCGCGCUAGCUGCGCUUUUCUGCGCAGUGGUGGUCGCGCUUGAUCGCCGCAGCUCCGCUGCCGGUAGGAACGUUGUGGGAGACAACGUGACGAUGCCCGUGCAAGUCGCCGACGUAGAGGUGCUCGGUUCGGCGAGGGAAAUGGUGAACGCGGGCGCAGGCGUGGCGGCUGACGAGCUCGAGCCGAUCGCUCAGCUUGCCAUAGACGGCCAGGUGCGGGGCGGCCCGAUCUCGCCGCGCGGCCGCCCUCGCUCUGGCCCCGCGUGCCGGGGGCCGCCAGCUGAGACCCUGAACCUAACGGGUGCAGCCGGGAGUUGCCUGCGCUCGUUCGAGAAGCCGCGCAGCCGCGUUUGCUGCGCGCGGCCCCGGGCCAACCUCGAAGGCUCGCCGGAGUGGCGGGGCGCGCUGUCGGAUCGCUGCAGGGAUGACUGCGACAGCUGGGCGCGGCUGGGGAUGGCCAGUCAGGCCAAUUUCCCUGAUGGUGCGUUUGCAUCUCGCUUGCCAACCCGUGAGCUGUCGCGGGAGUUCAUCGAUAUUGGCGAAAACAUGGAAAUGUAUUACAGAUCGGACGCCGUCGCUCAGAAGCCUCGCGGGUAUGAGGCCGCGCUGGUGGAUGCGCUUGAGUUCGCCCAGUGCCGCGCGAGGCUGUCAGCAACCGCGUGCAGGCGCGAGUCGUUCAGGCAGAUGUAUAUGCGGAUGUGGUUGCAGUACACGUACAACGAGCUUUGUUCGCGCGGGCCUGUCAGCGGAAGCGUCGGGCAUGAGCAGCUGUCCAUGGACACCACCAACUUGUCGCUGCGAAUACGCUGUCUCAUUCGCGACAUCUUGGAUCUCAGGAUGGCGCACUGGAAGGACCUCGGGGCACCAUCCUGUGCAACAACGCUGCUGCUGCUGAUCAUUCCCAUCCUCACGAAGAAGAUGUCCAUCGAGCUGGACAGGGAUGGAGUCCCUCAGUAUGCAGGCCAGCCAGAGUAUUUCAAUGAAUACGAAGAGCGAGCCUGGGAUCUCUAUCAUGGCAGGACUGGCGAGAGCACCGAGAUCUUCGACAAGGCUUUGUACGGAUCAUCGGUCUGGCGCGACCGCAACGAAUCCAUGGCCAACUAUGUAACAAGGAGGCGAAAGGAGUUCGCAGAGUUGCAGGAGGUCAGCGCCACGACUACGAUCUCAGAGGACAUCCAGGCCGCACUGAUCCUCAGAUUCUGCGGCAUCAGCAUGAAGGAGCAAGCCGCAGUCCUCGCCUCCAACAAGAACGAGUACAAGCUAGCCGGCAUCGAGUAUGCUCUGCGGGCUCAGUACCCAGCGGUACAUCGACAGCAGGACCGACGCGCUGAUCGCCGAGAGCGAUCCGCCUACGCUUACGCCGCGUCGGAGCAGGACGAGAACCAGUCAGAGCUCGAUCACAUCUAUUACGAGGACGAGGACGAGGACGGCUACUACCAGGGCGAGGAGGACGACUACGAGCACGGCGAGGACGACGAGUUCGACAUCGAGAACUACGUCGCGGAGAACCUCGACGAGCUUGGCACCGAGGAGGCAGAGGCCCUCGCCCUCGUUCUGCAGAGCCGCAACAAGAUCUUCAGCCGCAACAAGAUCUUCAACAAGAAGAAGCCGCCUAGGCGAGUGACUUCGAGCUUCCACGGUCGUGGCAAGGCCGGUGGAAGGGGAGGCCGUCGGGGAGGCGGCAAGGGAUUGACAACCAGGUCGCCCGCAGGGCGAGGAGGCAGCAGCAGUUCGAGUAGUGCUGUCCCUGGCUACGACGACCGACAGCGAGAUGCUCGCCGGCAGCGCAUCGCCUUCUUGAAGAAGCGGACCCAGUGCUCCGACUGUCACCAGUUCGGGCAUUGGCAGGGCGAUGAUGUUUGCCCCCGUCGGUCGAGCCGGAAGCCUACAUCAGUGUCUCCAGCAAAGAAGCCCGCUCAGAACUACUUCGCGCUCGAGGAGCACGGGGGCAACGACGACGACAGCGAGCCGUCCGAGGUCUUCAUGGUUCUAAAGGGCGAAAUGGAGCACGUCUGCGAGCACGUGGCCGACGACGCCUGCGAGAAGGUCGUCCGCGGCGCCAACAAGACCACCAGGUACAUCACAUGCAGGGAGUGCGACCGCCACUUCGCGCUCGCCCACCGCAACAAAGGGUUCGAGCUGUGGAGCUACUUCAUGAAGGCCCUGAUGGGCACGAAGUGGGGCCGCUUCCUGUCCCGCAAGGAGUUCGCGAGGCGGAUUGCCCUGGUGGCCGACGCCCUGAUGGUCCAGGGUCGCCUCCCAUCUACGUAUCGGAGACGGACGGCGGCGCCCGCAGCGCGACGCCUUUCCGGCAAGCAGCGGCUAUUCGGCCGGCUGCCUGCAAGAGGCGAUGGACCACGUGCACCUACACUGGCGGCAGCAUCUGCGGCCAGUUCUGCCAGGCCGAUCGCUACUGGAUCAGCACCGGCCGCACCGCCUACACCCGAGAAGCGCAUCAUCAAGGUCGACUUGACCCAAGGCGACCCCGAGCCGAAGCCGGGACCAGAGCUGGCCUUCCUGUACGGCAUCCCGCUUCACCACAGCAUCGAGCUGGUGGAGUUCCCGGAUCUCGACGGCGUCGACCAGCUCAACCUGGUCCCGUACCCAGCGGAGGUCAUCAACUUCGGCACGCGCAAGGGGCGAACCUUCCAGGAUGCGGCGUCCGACCCGGCACUCAUCUGGUACAACAAGUGGGCUCUGGACCAGGUCUUGGGCCCCGAGGCGGAGGAGAUCAACCUCCACUUGUACCGCUACGCGUAUUUCCUCUACGCCAUUGUGAAGAUCGCGCGUGGCAAGUUCAACGUUGCCCCGCAGCGGAUGAUCGACGGCGACAAGAGGAGGCUCCCCGCCGACAACGAUUGGAUGGAGGUCAACGCCGGCGGCUUCGCCAUCCCGAUUCAGCCCAACAUCCAUCAGCCGGACGUCAUCUCUACCUACGAGUGCUCGGUCAUGGCCGCCACUACCGGCAAUGCCUUCUCGGCGCACGACAACGACGCCGACGCCGUGCUCGCCAUCAUCGACACUGGGUGCGCGCGUACCAUGCGCGGUGAGUCGUGGCGGGCAGCCUUCGAGCGUAAGCUCGCGAGGCGCGGUCUACAGGUAGUGAAGACCCCGACCUCUCGUACAUUCAGAGGGAUCGGCGGCCGCGCGAGGAGCACCACGGCGGUCCGUUUUCCCGUGGGCAUUGGAGGAAAGUGUGGCGAGAUUCUGUCGUGUGAGGUGCCGGGCGACUGCCCGAUGCUGCUCAGCAGGGACAUGCUCACCAAGCUUGGGCUGAGCAUGCGGCUUUCCACGGAGGGCGAUGUCGCCGACUUUGUCAACAUUGGCGUCUACAACCUGAAGCUCCACCACACUAAGGUGGGCCACCCGGCGGUCAACCUCCUUGACCUGCCGAACGAGAGCUACGAGACGGCCGAGUGGGCGGCGCUGACGAUGCCCGAGGAUCACCACCUCGAGUACUACCCCGAGAAGUUCCACGUCGGCAUCACCUACGUCGAGGAGAGCUCAGUUGAGCCUCUCCCCAGCUUCCUGGACAUCGAGAUCGGCGAGACUACGGACGACGAGUGCCUCCAGACGGUCGUCGACCACGACUACGGGCCGGACGUCUUCGCCGCCGAGGCGAUCGAGUGGGGCGGCGAGCGCAACCUCACCAACAAGAAGUCCAAGAAGCUCGAGCAUUCCCUGCAGGCCAUUGCCGUGCAGGAUGAGGUGGUGCAGGCCGUCGUGGAAAAGCAUCCGCCCAGGGCCCGGCUGCCUGCAGGUGCCAGGACAUGGGUCAAGCAGACCUACGCUGGCCAGAUGGGUUUGACAGUGCUCAUGGCCGCGAUGGGCCUCUCGGUCGGCGUCCCACUGAACAAGCGCACGGGCUGGGGCGCUACCGCCAGGCUGGGCAGGCAGAGGUGCGACGCGGAGAUCACCAACGAGGAGCCGUGCUGCCUCGUGGUCUCGCACCCCUGCUCGCCGUGGGGCAACUGGCAGGUGGACUCCUCAGUGGACAGCCGAGUGCGGAGGGGCUUCCACGUGGCGCUGGGGCACCCCCAGGGCUCCGAGGCCUUCGACCAGCCGGAGAUGUCAAGGAUUCGUUCUCUCCUGGACAAGGGCAUCCUGAGGAAGGUUACCUUCGACGGCUGCCAGGUUGGGUACCGCGAUGCCGAGUCAGGCUUGGCUCACCGCAAGCCCAUGAUGAUCAUUGCCACUAUGGACGCGCUGGUCGAGGCCCUUUCCGACAAGAAGUGUAGCUGCACCCAGCACGAGCAGCUAAAGGGCCGCAACAAGUUCGGGCCGCGCACCCUGCAAGCGGCCGAGUGGCCGGAGGAGCUCAACCACAUCGUCGCCCGCAGCAUCGUACAGCAGGCCAUCGUCGACAACGCCACGGACACCGACUGGCAGUUCCCUGCAGAGGACGGCCGCAACAGCACGCGGCUGGUCACGGAGGGGUGGUUGGGGGCGCGCUCGGAUCUGCCGGACCAGGCAGAGGGGCCGCCGCGCUCGUACGGCCCAGGCGAGCCCAGCAUUCAUUCCGAAGUUCAAAGUCAUCGGAUCGAUCCUCGAGUAUCCCAGGAGGCUAUCGACAAGCCGGUGCCCCAGGAUGACGAGGCUGUCGACAAGCCGGUGCCGGACGACGAGAUGGGCGUGGGCCUGGAUCGCGGGGAGAAGCGCAGAGGCCUGUCACUUACCCAGCUGGGCAAAGCCAUGCGCGAUCCGGAGCGUCUGGAUCGGGGUUCCAUCAAGAAGCCUCGUGCCUUCCAGGGCUACGUGGAGGAGGAGCUCAGCGUCAUGGAGGAUGCCCUCCACGAAGUGUUCCUCACCAGCGACUAUAAGCCGGACCUGGCUGUCGCCUACGAGUGGCGUCGCACCGACUACGACAUCAAGAAGUUCAUCGCUACGGGCAAGCGUGGCCCUCGCUGGUCCAAGGUGCUUCGCCGCAUCACCAGAGACAUCAAGACAGGCAUCGUGAUCGAUGACAUCGACGUCAGAGGUCUUGCUCUUCACGAUGCUCGCCUUCGUCGGCCUCUGCCUGGUGGCAUCACCGCGGUCGAGACCAUCUUCGUUCACGCCGACGAGGACGUGGGCACGAACGACACAGUCGAGUUCGCCUAUCUCACCAAGGGCGCGGUCCGCUCCGAGAUCAGACUUCAAGACCUCGCCCCAGAGCAGAGGAAGGAGUUCGAUCAGGCUAUGGCCAAGGAGUGGCGCAGCUGGACUGAGUUCCAGGCCGUCGAGGUGCUGAGCUUUAGCCAGGCCAAGGAGCUCCUCGACAGGGGUGCCUCCCCAGUUGGGACGCGCUGGGUCCACACGGACAAGAACGCUAAGAAGCGCAACCUCAAGCAUACCUACGACGACAUCCCGCUCGCUGCCAAGAGUCGGCUCGUCGUGCAGGGCUGCCGGGAACGAGGAGAUGAUAUCCGAGGCGACGCUCCUACUGCUAGCCUUUUGGCUUUCCACCUGGUCGCCAGCUACGCUGCCUCCCAUCGGUGGCAGAUAAGGCAGUGGUGGCUGCAUCUGCGCGCCAUCCUCGUGGAGCAGGGUUGGCGCGAGUCCAUCUACGAGCCCUGUCUGUUCAUGCUCAGGGACAGCAGGGGCAAGCUCAGCGGCUUGCUGUGCACGCACGUCGACGACCUCUUCGUCACGGGCGCGGGCGAGCAGUUCGAGCGCGUGAUGGAGAUCAUCAAGGACAAGAUUCGCCUUUCUUUCCAGUCCGACACGUUCAGGUACUGCGGCAAGGUCGUGGAGCAGGACAACCAGACUUUCGACAUCAAGAUCGGACAGGCCGCUACGGUCGAGGCGCUGGAGUACAUCACCCUCGAGCCGCACCGCCGGCGCAAGCCCAAUGCGCCACUCACCCCGGAGGAGAUCUCUGCCCUCCGUAGCGGUGUUGGGUCGCUUGGCUGGGUAGCACGGCAGACGCGCCCCGACCUGGCCGUCCACGCUUCACUUGGGGCUCAGGCCAUGAGUGGCCCCAAGAUCCGUGACAUUGUUGCAGUGAAUCGUGCCAUCAAGAUGGCUAAGGACGACGUUGAUUUUAAGCUGAUGUUCUCAUCCCGCCUGGACUGGGACAGUGCCAUCGUGUUCGGCUGCGGGGACAGCAGCCAUGGCAACAUUGACGACCUUGCGCUAGGAGAGAAGAUUAAAUCCCAGUGCGGCUAUAUCAUCGGCAUGGCGUCGCCCGACCUCGAGACGGACGCCACCGCGAUCAUGCAUCCGCUGGAAUGGGCUAGCGCGACGAUCAAGCGAGUGGUUCGUGGAUCGCUAGCGGCUGAAUGCAACGGUUUCUUGACGACGGCCGAGAGUGCGGAGUUCCUCAAGCGCGUGGUCGCCGAGAUCUCCGACCCCGGCUACUCAUCCUACCAGUUCGACCCGUUCUUCGACGGCAAGCAUCUGCUGCUGCUAACGGACGCGAACGGCCUCGUCACCUCUUUGGAGAAGGACGGUGGCCAGCCCGCUGACAAGCGAGUGCGGAUCCUGAUGGCUCAGAUCCGCCAGCUACUCGGCCAUGACGCGCUGAAGCAGGAGCGAGAGGGAGAUGACUGGGGGAUACGUGUCAGGUGGAUCGACACGAAGCUGAUGAUCGCGGACUCUUUGACGAAGGCCGAGGCUGAGAGGAGUUUCUUGCUAGAGCGGCUGUCUGAGGGCCGCUGGUGUUUAGCGCAGACGAAGGAGAUGCUCGCUGCUAAGGCAGCGGCAGGCGAGGCGCGCCGAGCCCGCAAGGAGAAGGCGGGCAAGCUGAAGCCCACGAUGCUGCAGCAGAGAAGGAAGGAGUCGGACGAGGAGCAGGGCGAGGGCAACGACGAGGACGGGAAGGGCAAGACCUGGAUGGACCCGCAGCUGAUAGCCAGCCUGCAAGCUGUGGAGCACCACCUGGAGGUGAUAGAGGACAAGGAAGCGAAGCUCACAAGAGUGAAGGCCUUGAUCCAGUUGUACCUCAUCCAAGAGAAGCAGAUUGUGAUAGUUGCCAAUUCCAGCAGCGUUAAGAAGGUGGUGGACCUGAUUGGAGAGUCGCCCCCCCCCAGCCUCGCCUGUCGCGCCUUGGACUUCAGCACGCCAGAGCAGACCCGGAAGAAGAGCAUCAGUGCUUUCCAGCAGGGCGAGACCUCCAUCCUGGUGAUGGCCAGCGAGGUCUCCACCCGCAGGGAUUUCGACUUUGGCAAGGCUGCCACGGUGCUGGUGAACUACGACUUCCCGAUGACCCUCCAGCUCUACCUGUACAGGCUGUUCAAGCGUGCUGACAGCAACACGCACGUGUACACCUUCUUCUCGCCCCACUUCGACGUCAGACACACUGCGGCGCUGAUGGCCGCCAUGGAUGGAGCUAAGCAGAAGAUACCCCCGGCACUGCAGAAGCUCAAGGACCAGAUCAAAUCGGAUGCGUCUGGCAAGUCCAAGGGCGACGGCGGCGAGGGGAAGCCGCGGCGGUCUCCGAAAGGACCCGAGACGCGACAGACCUCCGACGCAGACGCGCAGGCCGACGCAGGCGCCUCCUUCACUUGGUCUGCCUGGCGGCCGCAGGAGAUGGAGAUGGCAGGCGUGAUGACCGAGAUCGUCGCGGUGACGACCGCCGCGACGACCCUCGUGCCGAGCGCCGCGGCGACGAGCGCCGCGACGAGCGCCGCGGCGACGACCGCCGUGACGAGCGCCGCGGCGACGAUCGCCGUGACGAACGGCGCGGCGACGAGCGCCGCGACGAGCGCCGCGCGCCGCGGCGACGACCGCCGGGGCGACGACCGCCGCGGUGACGACCGCCGGGAUGACCGUGACCGGGACCGCCCUCGGGACGACGACCGGUGGGAGGACCGGCGGCGAGAUAAUGAUAGAGAUAGAGACAGGGGGGGCGGCGACGCCCGGGAGAAGGCAAAGAGCGGCCAGGGCGACUGGCGGGACGAGCGGCGCCGAACCGAAGGCAAGGAGGACUCGACCCCGGCGCCGCCCGUCGUGCUCCAGCGCUCGAGGAGCGAGCAGGGCGCAGGCACCGGCGAGGACGCGCAGGCGAGGCGGCGGGAGGUUCUCCGCAGGGCGGAGACCGCCGCUACGCCCACCACGGCCAGAUCCGAGGACUUCCCUUCCGAUGGCCGUGAUGCGCGCCCGCGAGUCUCACAGGCGCCCUCGCAGGGCAGCGCGAGGCGC